UUGUUGCAAGCACGAAAUCAUCAGAAACUCUUCGUACUUGGUGAUCACUUUCGUACUUUUCCGCGGAGAUGUUUAGUGAGAUUAUAAAAUAACGAAUAUUGUCCGUUUAGUGAUAAUUUGUAAACGUUGCAGCUGUUUGUGUUGAUGGCUAGCUUCUGACUACCAUAUUAUCAUCAACGAUCUUAACUGAAGACGAUUUACACAUGUAUUUUGAAAGCUCCUGCUUAACAAACUUUUCGUAUAUGCUUUAAAUAAUCUCCUUAUCAGGCUGAGGUUAUUAAUCUGAAACAGUUGUGUCAGACAUGAUGACUUAUUAUCAAAACUAUCACUGUUUAGUUUAAAUAAGAAGUCAUGACAAGGGUAAGUUACACUUUGUAACUGAUUAUAAUUAUAUUAUAUUCUCUUGUGCUGUUCACAUCCGAAAUUGAUUCACGCUCUUCGUCUCAGUUGUAUGAACUUAAUAAUUAUGGCAUUCUCUUACAGUCUUACUUGGUUGAGAGGCUUAAUUUUCUACUUCUGUUUAUUGUUGCUCAUAUAUAUAAAUGCGUUUAUAAUGUGAUAGUAUGGCACAUCCCUAUAGUUUGAUGGUAUACCCCAGAUAUUGUCUCCAAUGAUACCAUUAUUGGUUAUAAAUGAUAAAAUUGUAUUUAGAUUAAUGAAACUGUUGUCGUAUUUAAUAUUAACCAUCAAUCACCCUAUUAGAAAUGGUUUGCACAAAAGAAGAGAAAGGUGAUGGAUGUAUCAGCUACCCCACUGAUAUUUUCCUUGGAGUUUUGGUGUCACUUUGUUGCUUGGUUGGUUCGCUUGAAAAUGGCUUUGUGCUAAAGAUCCUCGGCAAGAAAGUGUUCAACGGACGGGAAGCUAAGACAAGAUCCAAAUGUACCAACACCACCUAUCUGCUGCUUUGUAACCUGGCUAUAGCGGAUCUGGGUAACCUGCUUAUUCCUACCCCUUUUAAUGCUUUCACACUACUCUACGGAAGAUACGCCUUCUCAAAGAAAGCAGAGACGUUGAAGGAGUCUGUAUGGUAUGACUUCCUGAUAAACCUGGUGGGAUGGUGCUCCAAUCUGUUCGUUAUGGUCUCCAUGUUGCUGGUCUGUGUUAUAGCGGUUAGGAGGGCUGUGGCGCUGUACCUCCCCUUCAAAUACAACACUUACUUCAAACCCCUGAACAUCUACAUUCUCACUGUAGUAAGCUGGGCCAUUGCUAUAGCCUUUGCUUGCCUCCCUUUCUAUGUCAAGAGCACACAUUCGUACAUUCCUGAGUAUGGAAACAGCAUCGCUCACUUGGGAAAGUAUGGUCUUCUCGCCGGUAAAGGACUAGGAUACUACGUUACGUUUCUCCUAAUAGUGACAGUGAUAGCUGUUACCAUCCCGGCUCUAAUAAUCGGCAUCGCCUCCUUCCUCGUAGUCCUCAGACUUUACACUAGAAAGAAUAUUCAGUACAAGGUUGUAAAGAAGAAACAAAAGCAAUCAGAAGAAAACGCCGCCCGAACAGUCACAAUAAUCCCCAUAAUAUUCUUCUUCUGCCACCUGCCCGUCGUCUACCGGAUCACCACCUCCUUCAUCGGGGCCAUGUACCAAGUCUCCAACUCAACCCCCCCUAACUUCUUCUACCACAGCAUGUCCGCCAAACACUACAUAAACAUGAUGUUCCAUUUUGUGCUGCUCACGGUGAACUCGUGUGCGAACCCCCUGGUUUAUCUGAUGGGGUCUAAGAAACUGUGCAGCACUGCAGUCCAGUAUAUUGAGCACUGUUGUAGCAUGUUGAGCAGACCAUUUAGCGGGAAGGGCAAUGAGGAGCACAUUUGUUUGGAUAAGACUCCCUGCCUUGAUAAGUCUACUAAACAAACUUUCGCUGCUUGAGUGGUUUUUUUUUUUUCAGAAUCGAUUUUUUCUCCUUGUUUUGAUUCAGCUGAUUAUUUUGUUGAAUGUUGCAGGUGUGAAGGCCGCCUUUACUGCAGAAGGCGGUUUGGUAAUGAGUAAUAUGCUGGAGGGGCAAAUUCGGGGCACACUUGGGGGAAACGACAGCUGUAAAAUAUUUCCCCAGGUUUCAGGAUGAGCUUCAGUUGUGUAUCAUCCGAGUUUGCCCCAGAUUUUCACUAUGUAGUAUCUCCAAUUUGCUCUGAGACUAAACAAGACAUCCCCAUUAUGAAGCACACUAUAUUGGCAUUGCUAAGUGAAGUCGAGCGUGCUAAAUCACUCUACACUCGAUCUUCGAGAUUUUUCUAAGAUUUUUCUCGUAAGGGUUAGGGUUUCAGCAUAUGCUUUUGUUUGGGAUUGGGUUAGGGUAAGGGUUGGGCUCAUAUUAUAGGGUUCCGGUUAGGGUUUGGAACAGUCAUUCAGGGCCACCUAGAACACGGGUUAGAAAAGUCACAAGACAGUCAAGUGUAGAGUGAUUAAUCAUCAUCCAAGUGAAGUAGUAUAGAUGAUGUAAAUGUAAUGACACUAAUUAUUUUACAUUUUUCACACCGCACAUGAAAGAAACCAAACUGCUUAUUUCUGCAGUAGUACGCUAUUUUAUGGUUAUUCGUGAGACGUUCUUAUUUCACAUUUAACAACAUUUAUGGCUUAAUUAAUUAAAUUUGUGCUGUACUAGUAAAUGAGAAAUAUUACUGCAUCUUAUUACUGCAUCUCCCACUUAAUUAAUUUCUAAAGAGGAAUCCCCAUAAUGAAGCACAUCCUGCAAAUCUGAUAAAAGGCAGUAAGUCCGCAAUUCCCUCAGAAAAGGAUGUAAGUCCAAAUCCAAUGUGGAUGGGAAAAUAGUUUAGGUAUUCUGGAGAAAAAUGGUUUUUAUAGAUCAGUGUUGGUGAAUUUAUGCUUUAAAGUAUGUUUAGGACAUAUAUGUCAAUAAUUUAUUUACGCAUAAAUGUCAAAAUUAACCCCGU